CCGCCGCGGCCGGACCCUGUGAGGGGGGGACGGGCCCUGGCGGCGGGACCGGGCCAAGAUGGAGGCGGUGACGGAGGGGCGCUGGGAGGCGCUGCCCGUGGCGCUCAGCCCCGGCGUGCUGCGGGCGCUGCGGGGCCUCGGCUUCGCCCGCAUGACCCCGGUGCAGUCCGCGACCAUUCCGCUCUUCAUGAGUAACAAAGAUGUUGCUGCAGAAGCGGUAACAGGCAGUGGCAAAACCUUAGCCUUUGUAAUUCCCAUCCUAGAAAUUCUUCUCAGACGGGAGCAAAAAUUGAAAAAAAUGCAGGUUGGAGCUAUAAUUAUCACACCGACGAGAGAAUUAGCUAUUCAAAUUGAUGAGGUAUUAUCGCACUUCACAAAACACUUCCCCAUGUUCAGUCAGAUUCUUUUAAUAGGCGGUAGAAAUCCCAUGGAAGAUGUUGAAAAAUUUAAAGAACACGGCGGGAACAUCGUUGUAGCUACGCCAGGCCGCUUGGAGGAUCUGUUCAGAAGAAAAGCAGAUGGGCUGGACCUUGCAAGCUGUGUGAAGUCUCUCGAUGUGUUGGUGUUAGAUGAAGCAGACAGACUUCUCGAUAUGGGCUUUGAGUCAAGUUUAAAUGCCAUUCUGGACUUUUUACCCAAGCAGAGACGGACAGGUCUGUUCUCAGCGACUCAGACUCAAGAGGUGGAGAACCUGGUGAGAGCAGGUCUCCGGAAUCCUGUCCGCAUCUCGGUGAAAGAGAAGGGAGUGGCAGCAAGCAACACACAGAAAACUCCAACACGCCUGGAGAACUACUACAUGAUAUGCAAAGCAGACGAAAAGUUCAAUCAGUUGGUGCACUUUCUUCGACAGCACAAACAGGAAAAACAUCUGGUCUUUUUCAGCACAUGUGCCUGUGUGGAAUAUUAUGGGAAGGCUUUGGAGUCCUUAAUUAAACAAGCGAAAAUAAUGUGCAUUCAUGGGAAGAUGAAACACAAGCGUAACAAGAUUUUUACCGAGUUUCGGAAGCUCCCAGGAGGCAUUUUGGUUUGCACUGAUGUGAUGGCCCGUGGCAUAGACAUUCCAGAGGUACACUGGGUUUUGCAGUAUGACCCACCUAGCAGUGCAAGUGCUUUUGUGCAUCGGUGUGGUCGGACAGCACGGAUUGGCAAUGUUGGCAGUGCACUGGUAUUUUUGCUUCCCAUGGAAGAAUCUUAUGUUAACUUUCUCUCAAUCAACCAAAAGUGUCCCAUGCAGGAAAUGAAACCACAGAGAAAUGUGUUGGAUCUUCUUCCGAAACUGAAGUCUAUGGCCCUGGCUGACAGGGCAGUGUUUGAGAAAGGGAUGAAGGCAUUUGUGUCUUACAUCCAGGCUUAUGCCAAACACGAGUGUAAUCUGAUCUUCCGAAUAAAAGAUCUGGAUUUUGCUAAUCUCGCCAAAGGUUUUGCCUUGUUAAAAAUGCCAAAGAUGCCUGAACUAAGAGGAAAAUGUUUUCCAGACUUUACCCCAGUCACUGUUAAUACAGACUCCAUUCCAUUUAAGGAUAAAAAUAGAGAAAAACAGAGACAAAAGCAACUAGAACAACAAAGAAAGGAAAGACAGGAAAGUGGAGGAAAAAAGAAAUUCAUAAAGAACAAAUCCUGGUCAAAGCAGAAGGCCAAAAAGGAGAAGAAAAAGAAAGCAACAGCUAAAAGGAAACAUGAAGAGGGCUCUGAUGUUGACGAUGAGGACAUGGAAGAGUUGCUGAAUGACACGAGACUCUUGAAAAGAUUAAAAAAGGGAAAAAUUAGUGAAGAAGAGUUUGAGAAGAAACUAACAGGCACCCAAAGCAAACUGAAAGCAGAAACUGUUGCUGACUUAGAGUCUGAAUGACGACUGUUAUUCUAACCAGACUUUUAUGUUGAUACUGCCUAUUUCAAUAAAACUGUAUAUUUAUAACAAAAUAA